GGAAUGGAAGGAAUCAAAGUUUUCCUCCACGACAGAGAACUUUGGACAAAGUUUGAUGAAGUGGGAACUGAAAUGAUCAUCACCAAGGCUGGAAGGAGGAUGUUUCCCAGUUACAAGGUGAAAGUCACGGGACUCAACCCAAAAACCAAGUACAUACUCCUGAUGGACCUUGUGCCCAAGGACGACCACCGAUACAAAUUUUCAGACAACAAAUGGUCGGUAACGGGAAAGGCAGAGCCCGCGAUGCCCGGGAGGCUCUACGUCCACCCGGACUCCCCGGCCACCGGGGCGCACUGGAGCCGCCAGCUCGUCUCUUUCCAGAAGCUCAAACUCACCAACAACCACCUGGACCCCUUUGGACACAUAAUACUCAACUCCAUGCACAAAUACCAGCCUCGCCUCCAUAUUGUCAAGGCGGAUGAGAACAACGGCUUUGGCUCCAAAAAUACGGCUUUCUGCACCCACAUCUUCUCUGAGACUGCCUUCAUCGGUGUGACGUCCUACCAGAACCACAAGAUUACACAGCUGAAGAUAGAGAAUAAUCCUUUUGCCAAGGGCUUCAGAGGCAGCGAUGACAAUGAGCUGCACCGCAUGGCCAAGCUCCAAGGGAAGGACUUCCCUGUGGUCCCUCGCAGUACUGUCCGUCAGAGGGCCUGCUCCACCGGGAGUCCCUUCAGUGGGGAGGGUCGGGGUCUGCGGGGCUCCCCUGAAACAGUGGGGUCCCCGUUCAGCUGUGAGAACCGUUUGAGUCCCCAGGAGCUGCUGAGGGCCCCCCCUGCACACUACACCCUGGCCCCUCCUCACAUGCAGCACAGCCACCAGCCGCAGGUCUACUGCACCAAGAGGAAAGUGGGCGAGAACUGCUCUCCAGGAAACCGCCAGCACCCGUAUAAGAAAGCCUUCACCGGUAGCUCUCCAAGUGAGGGCGAGUCUUACUACCACCCCUCCUCCUACCCUCCUCCUCCACCCGGUCUAUCCAACAACCCUCUCACCGACUCCCCCUACAGCUCAGACAUGGGACAGCGCCAGGCGUGCAUGUUUGCCAGCUCUGAACCCAGACUGGAUGAACUCAACUGUACAUCGUGGUCCUACAGCAGCCCUCUCCCCUCUGCCAUGACCCCCAUGGAUCCCUACCCACCUUACACCCCUCACCCCCCCUACAGCUCCAGCCCUCAGGGUUCCCGACUCAGCGCCAUAGCCAACCAGAGCUCUCCGACGCUGGGAGAGCACAUCGGCCACCACCCCUAUCCGAGCCAGAGUGCCGCACCUCCACCUCAGAGCUCCCAAAACAUUCACAGCAGGCAGGUCAGCCCUCCUCUCAGAGAGUACCCUCGCUACACUCCCAACCUGUCUCCUCCUCUCUACCACACACUAGAGACACACACACACAUCAGGUGUGUCGUACCAGAAUGGAGUGCAGCCUCCUAA